CGUGCCUGUAUAGUCCCCGGACCUUCGAGCCAACAGCACCUCCUGGACCAGCCAGCACUCACUCACAGGCACAUCACCGUCAUGACCGGGGAGGUGUUUAGCGUCGUCCUCCUACUGACCCUCUCUGUCUUCGCUGCCGCCGGCCCCAUCAAGGUUCGCUUUCUGUCCGCCAUCUUCAUACCAAUUGCGGCGCCCGCUAGGUCCAGCCCCCAGCAAGACGCCGCCGCAGGCUACACAGAUGGUGCACCAGUAAAGCGCUUCGAUGCCUUCACGACGGGCUUCGGACACAACAAACGCAGCUCAGAAGACAUGGACCGUUUAGGAUUUGGGUUUAACAAGAGGAACUUUGACGAAAUCGAUCGAUCAGGCUUUGGCUUCCACAAGCGCAACUUCGAUGAGAUCGACCGAUCUGGAUUUGGAUUCAACAAGCGCAACUUCGAUGAGAUCGACCGAUCUGGAUUUGGAUUCAACAAGCGCAACUUCGAUGAGAUCGACCGAUCUGGAUUUGGAUUCAACAAGCGCAACUUUGACGAGAUCGAUCGUUCUGGCUUCGGCUUCCACAAGCGAGGAGAUUAUGACGUCUACCCUGAGAAGAGGAACUUCGACGAGAUUGAUCGCUCCGGCUUCGGCUUCGUGAAGAGAGUGUAUGGUCCCAGGGACAUCGCUAACCUGUACAAACGUAACUUCGACGAAAUUGACCGUUCCGGAUUCGGGUUCGUCCGACGCAGCGCCGAGUGAAGCAGACCCUUGAGGUACCAUCCGUUCUGAGCCACAAUGUACCCUCGACAGCUCCAUUUUGCGUCCUCUUCAGUGAGACUGCUUAAUACGUCUUAUAGAUUACUUUAAGAAUAGUUACUGACAAUAUAACAUAUCGUAAGCUUACUAUUUUAUCCCCGAGAAAGAUCAACAUUGCCCAUCUCUUUCCUCCUCUCUAUUAUGGACUGCUCGACUAGCAACGAGAAACUCGGUGUUCUCCGGAGGGCCCAAGACGACCUCGGAGACCCUCCCUCUGUCUGAUGUUACUCGUGAGUGGCUGGGAAUGUCAAGCAAGCAAGGAAUAAAGAAUAUUUUUAUUAAGUGGUCUUUCUUUUACAUUUGGGUUGUUUAUUGUUUACAUUUGUCUUUGUGAGUUCCUCUGGUUACUUAGACUCAUAAGCUUAAGUAUUUCUAAACGGGUUUUUUUGGAAUGAAUCUCUGAGGUCUGAAAGGCAGCCAGCCGCUUCAUAUAACCACUUACUGUCUACAGCUGAUCGUUUAGUUAAGUGACGACACAGUAUUAAGUGUUCCCUACCACACAGACAAGGACUGUAUUGGCCCAGUGCUGAAGUAGAAGUUCCCGUUGGAUCACACAAUAUCAACAAAACAAGUUGUAGCAAAGUGAAUGUUGUGUUUUCAGGGCUGUUUCAGAAUAUAUAUUAAUGUUGACGGUCCCAGAGGUAUACUGAAUGCAAUAUCACUCUAUAUAUGAAUUCUUUAAAAACUUUUUGUGAGACUAUGUUGUAGAGAAAUGACUUACUGCACAGUUUGUCAUACAAGUUAAAAUAAUAAAGUUAUACAAGUUAA